AUGUGGAGCUCCGGCGGCACGUCCGAGGGGUAUCCGUCCGUCUGCCAGAAUUCAACUCUUCCCGGCUACACGUCGUCUUUCCAGCUAACUGAGGGCCUCACCAUCCACUGGAUUCCCGCCAAAAACACGUCGGAGCUUCAGAUCGCCGUCGAAGCGCGGCGAGUCGCCUCGUCGUCGCCGGAGAAUCAGACGGCGGCGUCGCAGGCGCUACCCGGGAAGGGCUGGUUCUCCGUGGGCUGGUCGCAGAGCGGCGCGAUGUAUCCCGGCGACGCGGUGGUGGGUAAUCAGCAGCGCGCUGCGGUCGCCGCGUACAGCAUGACCGGGCACGACGCGAGCGCGGUUCGGCGGACGAAUGAUAUCCAGCUGGGGAAGGCGAGUCUAUCGCGCAGCGGGAGCUCCGUUAUAAUGAAGUUCUCUCGUUUCGAGAACAACGGCGGAGUCGUGCCCUUCAGUAUAAAGGGCUUCGGUAUAAUCACGUGGGCGUACGCAGCAGACGGCACCAGAGUCCUCGGAUCCCACGACAGCAACAAAGGAUCAUCGCAGAUUGAUUUCUCCUGCGACGCUUCUGCUCCCCCGCCCGUCUCCCGCCCUACCUCGGCGGCCGGGCAGAGCUGCAAGAAGUCGACCCUUCAAGGGUACACCUACCAGACGACCCUGCAGGGCAGCAGCCUGCUUUUGCACUGGAAGGAAGCAGCAGGGAAGCAGGUCGAAAUGGCAGUGGAGGCAAAAUCCAGUAGUCCCGCCAAAGACGGAUGGAUCUCCCUGGCUUGGAGCAACCCCAGUGGCCGAAUGGUCCCCUCCGAUGCAGUUAUCGGGAACCUUUACGGCGGGGAGAUCUAUGCGUACAAGGUGCCGGGAUACUCGAGUGACUCGCUGUCGCGAGACGGGUUUGACAUCGGGAGUGGGGCGAGCACCAAGACGGAAGGAGGGUCGAUCAUUAUGAGGUUCACGCGCACAGACAAGACAGGAUGGUCCAACAAGUUCAAGCUAUCAGGGAAGAACAGCCUCAUUUGGGCUUAUUCCUCCUCCGGAUCCAACACACUGGGGUCUCACGGACGCAACUAG